AUGUCACACUCUAAAGUUGUUUGUUUUGUGGUGAUUGUGGCAUCACUUGUUGUGAGUUGCAUGCUUCAACAAGUGAUCCAUGCUUCACACAGCAAAAGCAAGGAUUCUACCUCAUCCUCUGCAGCUCUCCCAAGUAUUCCUUUUGUGUUCACAUCCAAUAUCAAAGUAUUGCAUGUGGACCCAAAACAAAACCAACAUGCUACAGAAACUCAAGGUACCUUCAUCUACGACACUCUCAAGACUCGAACCAGAUACGAUUUUGAAUGGAAUGGACGUAAAAGAGCUUCCAUCAAAUUCUUUACCACCAAAACCUCGAUUCAGUAUGAUUUGAUAUUCAAAAGCGAUAAUUCUUCAUUGGAGAGUUGCACCAUGAAACCACAUGCAGACCAUCCCUUCUAUCCUCUCGUUCCAUAUCCCAUUGCUAAAUUCAUUGGAAAGGAUCGAAUUGGUGAAGAAGGAAAAAGAACCUAUCUCUAUGGUAUUCGAAGUGGUUUAAAGAAUGGUAAUAUGGAUUAUUGGAUUUCCAAUUCAACUUCUCAAAUCAAUGAUCAAAAGACCUUGUACAUGUUGGAUCGUUUCAUGUUCACUUCUACCAUGCAUGCAUCAUUGAAUGCCAAAUGGGAAUUUUCAAAUGUCAAACCUCUGAUUGAAACCAAAGACUCUUGGUUUGAAGUUUGGAAAAUGUAUCCAAAUGGAUGUCCUCCACCUCCAAUGCUUGCCUCACCUCCUACUGUGAGUAUUAAAGGUUUUGUCAAGAAUGCUCUCGAACCUUCCAAAGUCAUUUCCAACAUUCAAGUCAAGAUGAGAUAUCCAGUACAUGAUUACAAAGAUGUCGAUCAAGAUGAUCCAUGGGUAGAAUUGACCGUUCCAACCAAUGCCAUUGGAUUAUUCUCAUUCGAUAACAUUCCUCGUGGUAAAACUGUCUUUUUAGAAAUCAAUCAUCCCAACUAUGGUGCGAGAGCCAUCAAAAAAACCUUAACAGCCAAUUGGGAUAUUCUUCCAAAUACUUUUGCAGAUUUUCAUUUAAUACCCACAGAUCCUUCUUCGAAAAAGACCAAUCCCUAUGAUAUGGGUCCAUUUCGAGUCGUCUUGUCAUGGAAUGAGAAACCUCUCGAUUUGGAUGCCUUCAUUCAUUAUCAAUCGUUGGACAAGAAUAAGGGAACUUUUGGAUAUUCAUGGAAGAGUUAUUAUGGAAGCUUUUUCAGUGCCAAGUUAUCCAAUGAUGUGACCAAUGGCUUUGGUCCUGAAGUCAUGACUUAUCAACCCUUAAUGUUUAAAGAAGAUACAGUCAUGACGUUUUAUGUCAAGAAAUCGAGAGGUGGACUUGCUCCUUUAUCCUCUUCGUCCUCAUAUGAGGAAUCAGUGUCCACUUCACCAUUUUAUGGAAGUUUUGCUGAAUCAGGUGCUACUGUAUCAGUGUAUAAUGAGAAAUCUCUCAUUGCUCAAUUCAAAAUUUCACCAAAUGAUGCAGCUGCUCAAAAACAAGAGAAUGGAUAUUGGAUGGUCUAUACGCAUACUGGAACGAGUUCUUUGAAAGAAAUUAAUAAGGUAGUUCCAAACAUUACUCCUUAUCUUUAA